CGCAGCCAAAAAUAAAUAAAAAUUAAAAAAUUUUUUUAAAAAAGAUCAUUUUUUAAACCUCAGUAGAAUGGCUGACAUAAUAAAUACUGAAUAAAACAAUUAUACUAAGAUUGUUUUAAUUUUAUAACAGCUUUUAUCUUCAGGAAGGAACUGCCACAAAUAUUUUACUACUAAGACAGAACUUUACCUAAACAUAUAUGAGUAUUUUCCAUUUACUCCUGAAAUGAAAGACCAAGCAUUAAAGGAAUUUCAUGGGACAUUUAGAUAGGUCCGUUUUAUGUUGCCAAGGGGGUGGUCUAUUUGAGUGGUUUUUUUCUCUAGAAUGCCUGAAAUCAAAGGAAAAUAUUAACCUUAAAGGUGACUAAUAUUUAAAGUUCCAUUUCCGGUGUAUCUUUUUUUCCUCUAAAAAUGAAGUACACGAGUAUUCUGCCCCCUGUAGGACUGCAACAGUAGCUUCCUACCAACCACAGCCCCGGCUAUUGGGCAGCACAGACACCGCGAGUUCUACGGGGCGGAGCCUUGGAAGGGGCGGAGCUUAGCGUGACAUUUUGCGACUAGGAUUCCACUGGCUUCACCUGCAACAUCUUUCGCUGUCUGUUGCGUAGACGAAUCGGCGAGAGGAGCUGAAGAUUCGAAGGCGCCAGGCCCAGCCUAGCGACAGACGCCGAUCCCCUAGAAACCUGAACUGCAGGAUCCCGGGGAGGCGGCCCCGGAGCUCCGAGGACUCGUCCCGUAUCGCGCAGUCCUGCCGUCCCCGCAUCGCGCCGCCCCGCCCCGGCUUGCCUCAGCCGUCGUCGGAACCCGUCACAGCGUGCAGGAUCGAGCGCUCCGCCCCCUCGCCCUCUGCCAGGCCCCGGGAGCGCUGUCCGUCGGUCGAGGUCAUGGGCAGCCGGCCCCGCAGCCCCAGUGCCUACCCUGCGGACUGGUGGGGACCGCAGGCCGAAGGACCCGGCCCCGCCAAGCGCCGCCGCACGGAGGAGCCCGAGGGCCCCGAGUCCGAGUCCGAGGCGACGCCCAGCCUGGACAACCUGACGGAACCUCCGACCGCGGACGCGCUCACUUCCGUAGUGGUCCUGCCCGCCGGCUGUGGCCUGCACCUGUCCCUAGACGACGUCGACGUGCUCCUUGAGCCCGAGCCCACGUCCGUGCUGCAAGUGUCUCUCGGAGAUCACAUCCUCAUGCUGGUCCCCGAGGCCCUCCUGGGCUCGGGUGUGGAAGGCCCGUGGGGACAGGGCCUGGGACGGGGCGCUUUCCUGAGCCCUCCCGGGGAGUACAUGGCCCUGGCGCCGGGAUUCUUCUGCGCAGCUGUCCCAGAGAUCGCCUGCCAAGAAGAGGCCAACAAGGAGGAAGCAGACGCCGAGUUCCUGCCGCCUGGGAUGGAUGCUGAGGCCGGCUCCGUCGCUGGGCUCCGCAGCCCCACCGCAAGGGUGUCGGGCCCCAGCGCGCAGGGCUUUGUCCCAGAGCCCUGGCCUCGGGCGCCCACCCCUAGUCCAGAGAAAGGCUCUCCUCACCACGACGACAACCUGGGCUUCCACCUUCUGGAGCCCUUCCCCGACUCACCACUCCAACCUCUACCUCCCUCUCCGAGUCCUCCGGGUCCUCACGAGCGCCCCCAACACCCCCAUGGUCCUAAGCGCAAGGCCCAGAGAUGUCUGUUCCCGGAAUGAACUGCACCCCGGUACACACACACACAAAUUCUGGCUACCAUCCUGGAGGCCCAAUGGAUUUCCCAGCGUCUUUUACACUGAAUGUCCUACAACCUGGAAAUUAAGCAUUUCGUGUGCCAACAACUCCUUUUCCCCUCCAGACUGGCUAUAGUAGCAGGAGAAGACGUCAGGAAAAGAAAGCAGACUCUAGACCUCAUCUUUGUAAUGGAAAAUCUGCCCAGGGAUACCGGACAAUGUGUUUUCAGACAUCUGGACUUCUUUACAAGAUCAUUCUCAGACCCAUCCAUUCCCGCUCGUUUGCAUCAGUUAUUUUCUCUCAAAUUCCACUCUCUCCAGCACCAUACCGUUGCUACCCUAUUUCUCCCCAAACCAAAAAAUAAAUGGAUUUCUCAUGUUAUGUGUUUUCCCGUGAAUUUAUAAAGAUUUUUAGCCAUGGCUUUUUUCUUUCUUGGUGUUUUGAGCUUCUCUCCUGGAAAACUGCAAAACAGUAUGAUGGUUACUAUACAUAAUUGUAUGAUGUUUGUUCAUAGCUUCCUCUUAACCUGAGGAAGUUCUCUUCCAGUCAAGUUCACUUUUCAUUAUGAAUAAAUGUUGGAUUUUAUCAGAUGUUUUCAGCACGUAUUAGGAUACGCGUUUCGUUUUUAAAUCUGUUCCUCUGGUUAUUUUCACUCACAGACUGAUGUGAAAUGUCUGCAUUCCUGCUAUUCCACAUUAUUCAUACCUUUUAAAUUCUACCCUGAGUUUUUUCUUUUGUAAAUCAAACCUCUAACUUUUAAAACAUUAAUUUAGGG